AUGGAUGGAAAGACGGACGUGGAGGUUCAUACAAUCCACGUCCGGAAGUUUCUUACACUUAUUCGAGAUCACAAGUUGUUCGCGAACCUCAAGAAGUGCAUCUUCUCAGCGAGCGAAAUACCACUUCUUGGAUGUAUCGCGAAUGAAAACGGCGUGCGCCUUGUCACGGAAAAGAUCAAGGCGAUUAGCGACUGGCCUGUACCAAUCGACAUCAAGGGACUCCGAAAGUUCCUUGGCUUGGCGGCGUACUUGCAUAAGUACUCGCGCAACUACGCCGAGAUGACAAUACAUCUCUCGUCUGUUAAUGAAAAAUGA